AUUUCGAUAGACAGAGCAGGCACCGAAGAAACAGUGGAAAAAGAAAACGAGCGAGAAACGAGAGUCGCGGAGGAGAGAUGGGUGGAUUAGAGGGCGUAAGAAGGGGACGAGGGAGGAGAGGGAUGGAAUUGUACGAGGAGCUAAACAAAAAAAAAGAGAGAGAGAGAGGGAGAGAGAUGGAGGAGUGAGGAUGAUGGAUGGACGGAUGGAUAAAGGUGGAAGCAAGAAAACGGCCAGUUCAGGCGGAAAGGCAGCCCGAUAUGAUGGAGCCGUGCGUAUCGACGUUUUCUUUUCCUUUUUCUUUUCUGUCAGUCUAUUUUCUUUUUCCUUUUUUUCCCUAACGAUCGUGGAUCCCCGCCAGCGCUCGAACCGGAAACGGAGACAGGGAGGCGAUAAAGUGACUGGGACUGUCUGCAAGCGAAGAAAAUGCAGAAAAAGGAAAACAAGAAGAAUGCCCUGGCCAGUGGUUUCGCCUGAGAACUAAAAGUAGCGACCAGCGAGCCCCUCUCAGAGCAGGAGGACGGAUGCGCUCGCCCUCGCCAUUGACUUUCCACCGCCGAAUGCAUCUCGAGGACGCC